AUGGACUCAGGUUGUUCCACCAAACCAGACGAUUUGGUACUUUCCCUGCCAAUAAAAGGACUAAACGACGAAGACACGACUAUUCAUGACAUUGUCGCAUCCUCAAAAGCGCGAAAACUGCGCUCGGCAUGCGACAGUUGUCAUCGAGCCAAAGUCCGUUGCUCGGGAGGUCUACCAUGUGCUCGUUGCAGAGAGUUUGCAACAAAUUGUGUCUAUAGCACAUCAGCGCGAACGGGCAAGCCCAAAGGAAGCCGCAGCCGUAAGACGAUCGAGCGCGAGAAAAGAGCGGCCGCUCUUAAUGCCGCAGAAUUUGAGGGACCUGUACUAACGGAGUCACUUGCAUCGGCCUGCAUACUACGCAAACCAACAGCUAGUGAUCCCGAUAUUCCUAGCUCAAGCGUCGAUGGCUUUGCGUGCAGUGCCACGGCCAUUGAUUCGGUAGCCCCGGAAAGCAGUGAUGUGGGGAGCAUAUCCUGGACCAAUAACGACUGCAUCCAAACUCCGUACCCCGAUAGUUCUGAUACUAGUCAAAACUCGGGUAUCCCUACUGCAACGUUAUGGAACCCCGAUCACACCUGGGCCUCUAACGGGCUUGAUGCACUGCACCAAUUUUUUCCAGAGUCGCCUUCCGCUAUACCAACAAUACACCAAGACCCUACGACGCUAGCACUACACCAAGUACUACCCACAAGCCCUGCUAUUAGUCAAUGUCAGUGUCUGACCAGCAUCGCAACGCUCGUGCCACCAUUGACGACCCUGAUCGGCGCUGUCAGCUUAGUCACAACAAUAAUCCAGCUCAUUGGUGGGCUGGCUGAGAAAUCUCUGGUAAUGCUGAGUGCAGGUAGUACAGCUCACUUCAGGUUACACCUGGGCACGUACGAUGUAUGCGAUGACGACGAACAGGAGAUGCUAGUACGCCGUCUGUUGGCGUGCAGGCUUUGGAAGCUGCUAACUGCCAUCAAAUUGCUUCGCGAAAUCAUGCAAGGUGUAGCCAGCGACUCGGAAGAGGGAGGUACCCAGCAACUACCUUCAGCUAUCACUGGAGAGAUAGCUUCAGUACCGCAGCUUAUAUGUUUCGACCAGUCUUUAGAACGGCUACAACUCGGAAAACGGAGACAGAAAACGGAUAACCGCACAGACUCUGAAUCCUAA